AUGGUCGUUGUCCCCCUCCCCUCCGGCGUGGAACUGCACGCCCGCAUCUCGACACCAAGUAACCCGAUGGCGAACAAGGUCGACUAUGGCCUUCCAAGCAUUGUAUUCUGCCACCCAACUUGGCUUGACUCUUUCUUCUUUUACCCCCAAAUGGAGGACCCGCUCUUCACUGAAGGGUACAACCUCGUCGCCUUUGACAUGCGGGGACAUGGGCUCACGCAUGUCGGCGAGAGACCGAAGUCCUACGAUGCGUGGAGCGUCGCCGACGACAUUUCGGCGGGGAUGGAACGCCUCGGCAUCCGCACGGCACAUGUUGUCGGUGUCGCAUUCGGCGCCGUUGUCGCAGCCAACCUCGCCUCCGCAUACGCCGACAAGGUCAAGACACUAACACUCAUUUCACUGCCGCCGAACCAGGACAACGAGGACACGAUGAUGGGAUAUGCGGAGUGCCGCGAGGCGCUCGUCGCCGCCACCCGGUACGGCGACGCGGACACGCUCGACGCCAUCACGCGGGCAACGUUCGCGUAUGACGCCGGCAGUGGGGCGCUCGCCCCAGCAAUUCGCGAAAUCAGGGACGAAUACAUGCUCGCAGCACGGGAGCGGCUGGCAGCGUCGGCUGAGGAGGCGGCGGACGCAGCGUUUUAUGUCUGGGAGCCUGUGACGACGCGGCGACCGCAGAGCACGGAGGAGAUGGCGCGCAUUAGCGCGCCGGUCUUGAUACUGCAGGCCGCGGCGACGGAGGAGCCGACAUUCACCGAGGACGCACAGCUGUGGGCUUUCAAGUUCAACGCCUUACACCGCACGACGAGAGCACAGGUGCACAUGAUCGAUAACGUGGGGCACUUUAUGACGCUCACGAGUCCGAAUGUCGGUCCCUCUGAGCCGCGUAGACCGUCUACACCUCGUUCCGCGACGUUCGGGCAGUUCGACAUUGCCGCACUGCCACCAACGCGAGGACAGACAAUCGGCGACAUCAUGGACAACCGCGUCAGCGUGUAUGUCGACGUCGUGACCGAGGUCGUGGGGUAG